CCGAAGUUCACGAUACCUUCCAACGCUAUAAAGUCCCGGUUUCAUCACAAACCCUCACUCUUCGUGUGGCGAAAACCCUAGCUCAACUGCCGAAACCUGUGCUUCGCUGCUCAUUUCUGAUACGAUGGGAGCCUACAAGUAUGUGUCGGAGAUAUGGAGGAAGAAGCAAUCCGAUGUGAUGAGGUUCCUCCAGAGGGUGCGCUGUUGGGAGUAUCGCCAGCAUCCUUCUAUCGUCCGUGUCACAAGGCCCACACGCCCCGACAAGGCUCGUCGUUUGGGUUACAAGGCCAAGCAGGGUUAUGUUGUUUACCGUGUCCGUGUAAGGCGUGGUGGUCGCAAGAGGCCUGUUCCCAAGGGUAUUGUAUAUGGGAAGCCCACAAACCAGGGUGUGACCCAACUAAAGUUUCAGCGCAGCAAGAGGUCUGUUGCUGAGGAGCGUGCUGGCCGUAAGUUGGGAGGCCUUAGGGUUCUCAACUCAUACUGGAUCAAUGAGGACUCUACCUACAAGUACUUUGAGGUAAUCCUGGUUGAUGUUGCACAUAAUGCUAUCCGUAAUGACCCAAGAAUCAACUGGCUCUGCAAUCCUGUUCACAAGCACAGAGAGCUUCGUGGGCUCACUUCUGCUGGGAAGAAGUACAGGGGACUGCGUGGAAAGGGACACUUGUACCACAAGGCACGACCUUCCCGCAGGGCUACCUGGAAGAGAAACACCACCCUCUCCCUUCGUCGUUACCGUUGAUUUCAAUCAUUUUAUCUUAUGUUUUGUGUUAUUUCUGGGUACUUUCAGGAAGACAAUCUUUGUUGUGAGUUUGAAAUUUUGGCACUUAAAAACUUGAAUCAUGUUCUAUUUGAAUGGAUUACCGUCUAUUUUAGUCUCUUGUGCAAUUGUCAAGUGAUUAGUUUUAUAUAUGUUGCAAGGUUCCAA